UUGGUUUAAAGUUUAUUUUAGUCAAUAAUGUCGUCAUCCGAAUCGGAGUCUGUAUCAUACGUAGAAUACGAGAAUUUGUCCCAGAAAAUCAUAAUGGAAGUAGAGAAAAGGCCAGCUUUAUACGACACGGCAUUGCGACAAGAUAGAAUAAUGAAAAAUACUCUUUGGGAGGAAGUUUACCAACACGUGUUUAGUAAUUGGGAGACACUGUCGAAGGCUGAGAAAAUACAGAAGGGGCACAGAGUUCAAAAGAGAUGGAAGAAUAUGCGGGAUAGUUUUGCUAAAGAACUAACUAUGCAACGUCGGAAAUCUGGUCAUGGCGCUAUUAAAAAAAGAAAGUACGUUCAUUUCGAUUCUAUGAUGUUUUUGGUGCCAUCUCUUCGAAAGAAAGAAUCUAGCACAAAUACAGAAUCUACCUCACAGGACAACCCUGGUGUAAGGAGCCCAAAAGACGUAACUGAAACAAAUAGUAAUAUGACCUCGUCCUUUAAAAAGGAUUCAAAAAGUUCUAAGAACCAAAGAGACGAUGAAGAAGAUGAGCAACCAUUACAAACUUUAACUUCAUCCUAUAAAGCAGUUUCUAAAAGCCAAAGGGCAGUUGAAGAUGAGGAACAAAAUGUGCCAAAACUAUUAAACUCCACGCCCUCCACGGUAAAUACGAGUGCAUAUGACGAAGAUAUAAACUUUACACAGAUGCUUAUCCCAAUGUUACGCAAACUUGAUGGUGAUCAAAAACAUUUUGCUAAAGUAGGAAUUCUGAAUAUCUUGCAAAAAGCCAAAUCUUUAUAAAGUGUUAUCAUCACAACUAGGACCACCAACUCACAGUCGGAGAUCAAAACCAAGGAAAGAAAGGAAGAAAGAGAAAGUAAAAUCAGAGCUUAACAGCACUAGUAGUAAGAUGACCUCUGUUGGUCACUUCGCGUUAGAGACAACCGCCGUUGCUUGGACGAGCUGCACCGUUUUUAAUUUUUAUGCAUUCCAUAGGC